AACAUGAAUGCAACAAGAAUGGGGUUUGGUACUAUAACUCUCCCUCACCUUCACAAAGUCUCUGUCUCUCUUAAGACCAGCUCCACUCUCUUACCUCUCCGUUUGCUUCGAAACCAGACUCUUUCUCGGAAACCUUCGAACCAUGAUUCGCUCUUUGUAAAGGCUGCUACUACUGAGAAUCUUGAGAGUAGUCGUCCCUUGACGCAUUUUCCUCCAUCUUUUUGGGGAGAUCACUUCCUCUCUGUUCCCCUCGACGACUAUGAAUUUGAUGCGAUUGAGCGGGAGAUACACUCGGUGAUGAUGCCGAAAGUAAGAGACAUGCUCAUGUCUUCUCACCGAAGCGACAAGGAGAGGAUUCGGUUGAUCCAUUUGCUUAUCAGCCUCGGAAUUUCGCAUUAUUUUGAGAUUGAUAUCGAAGAGAUUCUUAACCAAGCUUUCCUGAAGUUGGAAAGCUUAAUUUCUGAGGAAGAUGAUUUGGAAACAAUGGCCAUCAUGUUUGAGGUUUUCAGACUAUAUGGACACAAGAUGUCUUGCGAUGCUUUUGAUAGAUUCAAAGGUGAGGAUAGAAAGUUUAAGAAAAGUUUAGCCAAUGAUGUUAGAGGUAUUCUACAGUUGUAUGAAGCCGCGCAUCUUGGGACACCAUCUGAAGAUAUAAUGGACGAGGCGUUGGUUUUCACUAGAGCUCGAUAUCACAGCAUAGAAAUACUAGUCGCAAGACAAUACAUCUCUUUCUACGACCAGGAAGAAGAUCACCACGAGAUGCUCCUCAAGUUUGCCAAGCUCAACUUCAACUUUUGCCAAAUGCAUUACAUCAAAGAGCUUAAAAUUGUCACAAAAUGGUGGGAGGAGUUAGGUAUGACAUCUAAGCUGCCUUACAUAAGGGACAGAAGUGUGGAGAUCUAUCUCGGAGGGAUGGGAAUGUUUUUCGAGCCGCGAUAUUCACUUGGGAGAAUUUUAGGCGCUAAACUUACAGUUGUCAUAACUGUUUUGGAUGACACAUGUGAUGCCUAUGCAACUCUUCCUGAAGUUGUAAAACUUGCUGCUGCAAUCCAAAGGUGGGAUCUUGCUGCCAUUGAAGAACUACCAAUUUAUAUGAGAAUCAUCUACCGAAACGUGUUUGAAACCGUGAAAGAGAUGGAUCGAGAAAUGAGGGGUCGAGGAAAAAUCAGUAGUGUCCAAAGGACUGUAGAUGAGAUUAAGAGCCUUAUGAGACUGUAUCUAACGACAGCAGAGUGGGCACGCACAAGUCACGUGCCAAGCUUUGAGGAGUACAUGGAGGUUGGGAUUCCCUCGGCUGCCUUGGAUGACGCGGCCGCCUGUGCCUUUAUAGCGAUGGAUGAUUGUGAUGAGAAGCGAUUGAGCGAGUGGUUCAACUCCAAACCCAAAAUCCUCCAUGCUUUGAAUACAGUGUUUCGUCUGAGAAACGACAUUGUCACCUUUGAGCAAGAGAUGAGCAGAGGAGAGGUGGCGAAUGGCGUCAACUGUUACAUGAAACAAUAUGGUGUUACCAAAGAAGCAGCCAUGGAAGAAUUGAGGAAGAUGGAAAGAGAGAAUUAUAAGAUUAUGAUGGAGGAGUUCAUGAUUUCGAGGGCGGUGCCACGUCAGAUUCUGGUGCGAGUGGUCAACAUUGGACGUGCGAUCGAUUUGUAUUAUAAGGAAGGUGAUGGAAUUGGACAUCCCGAUCAAAAGCUCAAAGACAUUCUUGCUUCUUUGUUCCUCCAUCCAAUUCCUCUUUGAACGUACUUAUCAAAGUUAUAAGUAUGUUUUUCCUAUGUGUAUUGAAACCAAGUCGAAGAUAAGAUCAUUCAUUAAUGUUUCAGCCUCGUUGAUGACAUGGGGGAUUCAGGUAAUGGGAACAGAAACUUGAGAAAAGUUUUCUUUCGAAUUUUACUAAAUAUAUAGUGCAGAA